UUGGCGUUGUUCUCUGUACCUUGCGAUUCAGUGCUGCUACCCAGACUCGAAUACCUGGCGGUGACAAUGUCGUCGUCCGCGCCCUCAGUGCCAGGAGUCCACAAAGUCGACUCGAUCAGUGCCGCAGUCACCUUUGUCGAGGAAUGCUUUUCCCGAUUUCGUUCACUUGCGUAUCUCGAGGUGGAGACGGGGAAGCGAAGCUGGAACAAAUCUUGGUGGCAUCGUUCACCAGAGGGUCUUGUGAAAGCUAUAUCUUCUGAGGAAGGAUUGUCUGCACGAGAGUAUUUCGAGUGGGAAGGCAUCUGGGAGGAUGCGUAAUGUCACGACGGCGAAUUAACGAAUGAUACGACUCGAUGUCGGCUUAAUCACCAUAAUGUUUCUUCCUUUCUAUGCUAGAUCUAUUGUACCCACCUUUAAUUCCACUGGCACACCAGUCACAUGCCAUGCCACGACAUUGCGCUCCCACACCUUUCGUGGUAGAUAUGAACUCGAUCGAAUAACGCUCAUCCACCCCAACUUCUUACGAACCUCUUUGUCACCCUCCGAGGGCGUUCAUUUCGACCGACAGCAAUCAUGAAUUUAAUUCUCUGCAACCCUCCCUGGUGGCCCCUCCCUUCCACAGCGGUCUACGCCCUCGAACCGUCAUGCGCACCGUGGAAGGGGUGCGCGGCCUUCCGUCGGGUUAUCUGGGCGUGAGAUCAACAUCGACGGCAGGCACCUUGACCUCGCAUGAAGACUUAUCGAGGCGGAGACUGCGGUGGGAGAACGCUUUGGAGAGCAGGUUCUAGUGGCGAAACGAACCAGGAGGAAGACGCGAAGAACACCCAAGAGUACCUGUAGCCAUCCGUAUACGAUCAUCGCUCGCUCGGUGCUCCGGUUUCACCGCCGUUGGGUCUUCUCAGGCACCGGGGCCUCUUGUCGACAGCGCAUCUACGCUCCAGGCUGUUUUCUCCCAUAGAUCACGCGCGUCGCAUGAUGUAGAUACACACGUCGAGCGGACAGCGGGGGGUCCGUUUUCAUUAAACGUGAUCUCCUCCAUCCUCCUAUCGCGUCUAAAGGGCACCCGUGGCGGGCGUGCGGUGAAUGAAAUUUCGACAACCUUUG